AUGGGGGCAUGCAUGACGUUGUCGACGUGCUCACCGGAGGCGGCUGAAGGCACGCAUGUGUUCGACAUCUUGGGUUACAGCAAGCACAUGGGCAUGGGGCAAGACCCCGGUAGCUACAUACAAUCAGGGGUUUUCGCUGUCGGCGGCCACAACUGGGCGAUCCGCUUCUAUCCUGAUGGGUAUAAAAGCGAGAAUCGAGAUUACAUCACAAUUUUUCUCCAGCUUAUGAGCAAGAGCACUAAAGUCCGGGCCUCUUGUGACCUAAGGCUGGUCGACCAGUGCACCGGAUUACGGUCUUCCGUGAUCAAAACAGGGCCUAGGAUUUUCAAUUCCGACGAUUCCAGUCGGUUUGCUCCGGGGACUGCUCAGUUCAAAAAGCGAAGCGAGAUCGAGGGAUCCGCAUACCUUAAGGAUGAUCGCCUGAUGAUUGAAUGUAUUGUCACUGUUUUCGAGAAGCCACGUGUUACCAAAACCACCGAAGCCAAAUCGCCACCCAAAAUAGACAGACCACCAUCUGACAUGGCUAAGCAUGUUGGCAAGCUGCUGGAAGAAAAGGAGGGAUUGGAUGUCAGUUUCAUUGUUGGAGGAGAGACCAUUGAAGCGCAUAGGCUCGUUCUCGCUAUGCGGUCGCCUGUUCUUAAAGCGGAGCUCUACGGGCCAAUGAGGGAGGCGAGGGCGGGGCAGUGCAUUACCGUCAAGGAUAUGCAGCCAUCCAUCUUCAGGGCCCUGCUCCAUUUCAUCUAUACCGAUUCUUUGCCUGGCCAUGAGGACUUCGAGGGAGAAGAGAAUAUUGAGAUAAUCCGGCUAUUACUGGUGGCUGCGGACAGAUAUGCCAUGGAGAGGCUCAAGAUGGUUUGCCAAAGCAUCCUUUGUGAGGAUCUGAGUGUGGACACCGUGGCAACCACAUUGGCUUUAGCUGACCAAUAUAACUGUGAUAAGCUUAAGGACGCUUGCCUUGAAUUUAUCAAAAUAUCAGAUGAUAACGCUAUGGACGCCGUGGUGGCAACCCAAGGCUUCAAAGAUCUCAAAAUGACUUGCCCAUCUCUCAUAGUGGAUGCACUGGAGAAUAGAAGAAAGCUUCGUAAAGCAUGA